AUGGGGCAGGUGCCUUGGUGCAUGCACAAGUCCCACAGGGCAGCACCGGAGAACCCUUGCAGGGGGGAUGGUGUGUGCUGUGCAGGGAAUGGUGUGUGCUGUGCAGGGAAUGGUGUGUGCUGUGCAGGGAAUGGUGUGUGCUGUGCAGGAGAUGGUGUGUGCUGUGCAGGGAAUCGUGUGUGCUGUGCAGGGGAUGGUGUGAGCUGUGCAGGGGAUGGUGUGUGCUGUGCAGGGGAUGGUGUGUGCUGUGCAGGGAAUGGUGUGUGCUGUGCAGGGGAUGGUGUGUGCUGUGCAGGGGAUGGUGUGUGCUGUGCAGGGGAUGGUGUGUGCUGUGCAGGGAAUGGUGUGUGCUGUGCAGGGGAUGGUGUGUGCUGUACAGGGAAUGGUGUGUGCUGUGCAGGGGAUGGUGUGAGCUGUGCAGGGGAUGGUGUGUGCUGUGCAGGGGAUGGUGUGUGCUGUGCAGGGAAUGGUGUGUGCUGUGCAGGGGAUGGUGUGAGCUGUGCAGGGGAUGGUGUGUGCUGUGCAGGGGAUGGUGUGUGCUGUGCAGGGAAUGGUGUGUGCUGUGCAGGGAAUGGUGUGUGCUGUGCAGGGGAUGGUGUGUGCUGUGCAGGGGAUGGUGUGUGCUGUACAGGGAAUGGUGUGUGCUGUGCAGGGGAUGGUGUGUGCUGUACAGGGAAUGGUGUGUGCUGUGCAGGGGAUGGUGUGUGCUGUGCAGGGAAUGGUGUGUGCUGUGCAAGGAAUGGUGUGUGCUGUGCAGGGAAUGGUGUGUGCUGUGCAGGGGAUGGUGUGUGCUGUGCAGGGAAUGGUGUGUGCUGUGCAGGGAAUGGUGUGUGCUGUGCAGGGGAUGGUGCAUCGGACCUUCCCCCCAUCUCGCCCCCUUCCCCUCCCCCCUACCUGUGA